ACAGUAUCUACGAGCUAUUGCUAUCAUUGCUACUGCUAUUAUUGCCGCCUGUCGGGCCUUCUCGGCUAGUGAGCGGAUGAAGCGGCCAAUCACAUGACCCAUAAUGUGAUGACCGCAUUCCGACUUGAACUUCCGAGGAAGAUCCAUCCAACUUCCUCCGCGAACUCGCGGCUAAGAGCAUCUUGACUGACAAGCUCACCUUUUGACGACGGUCUAUACCCAGAGCCAUCUUCGAACGCUCAACUACGGUCGCUUGACACUUCCGGCAAUCUCUGUCGUCUAUUACUGCUCCGAGAACCGAUUUUCUCAGCAGCAAUCAUGGCCUCGUUCGUCCGCCCCUCCUCGGUCCUGAGGCAGAGCGUCCUCUCCAUGUCCAGGACGCCUGCUACUCGCACUGCCUUCUACUCGACCAAGUCACCUCUCGCCGCGACUUUUGUCCGUCCUUCUCAGGUCCAGAAGAAGGAGAGCGCCGUCUCGUCGCAGGUUGCGGCUUUCCACGCUUCCGGAAAGAAAGAGAUUCUGCCUCCUCUGCCUCAGGUCGUUCACGGAACCACGAACGACGCUGCCCCGGUUCCUCCUCCAUCGCCCACUCACGGUAGCUACCACUGGACCUUCGAGAGACUGGUCUCUGCCGCUCUCGUUCCCGUCACUAUCGCUCCCUUUGCCGCUGGUUCUCUGAAUCCCGCUCUGGACUCGUUCCUUUGCGCUCUCCUGGUUCUUCACUCGCAUGUCGGAUUCCAGUCUAUGAUCAUCGACUACCUCCCGCUCAAGCGUGUCCCCAAGACGCGGGCCGCCGCCUGGUGGGCGCUCCGCGCCGCUACGCUGGCCACCGCCGUUGGUCUCUACGAGUUUGAGACCAACGAUGUCGGUCUGACUGAGGCCAUCAAGCGUGUGUGGAAGGCGUAAUCCCGCAGAAUUCACUAGCAUCGUUUCCUUUGUUUCUGCUUUCUCUCUAGAUUCUCCCGGUGCCUACCUGUGUAUAUGUUGUAUUGAUCACUUAGGUGUGGGCCGAGGUCUGCAGGCGCCUGUCCGAUGUUUUCAUUGUCUUUA